AUGGCAACCUAUGUUGAGAAUCAUGACGGAUGCACAGGCGAUGUUGUUCCACCCAUUUCUCUAUUUAAUCCCUAUCAAUUGAAUACGAAUAAUUGGGCUCAAACAAUCAUCGAUCUCGGGGCAAAGUAUGCUGUACUGGUCACUAAACAUGCUUGUGGUUUUCUAAUGGCACCAACAAACGUCACAUUUCCAUUGAGUCCAUCUGGUCGCAUUGUUCCAUACAAUUAUACUGUUGAUUAUUCACCUGUUAAAGGUGUGAAUAUUCUCGAUGACUUUGUCAAGAGUUGUAACAAGCGGCAAAUACGACCUGGUUUUUACUAUACCGUCGUUAACAAUAAUUAUCUAAAUGUGAAACAGGGUUUGGUUCAAAAUGACACAUUGAAAGUGGGCCAAUUGAAUAUUACUCAACAAACCUAUGAUAAUAUUGUAGUACAACAAUUGCGAGAGUUGUGGACGAACUACGGUAAACUUGAGGAGAUUUGGUUUGAUGGAGGUUAUACUGCAGAAUUGCAUGAUUUAGUCGCUGCGAUGGUGAGCGAACUUCAACCUGAUUCAAUCAUCUUCGGUGGAUAUGGGGUGACACGAAACCCAAUUCGUUGGAUUGGUAAUGAACAUGGUCAUGCACCCGAUUCAACUUGGUCUACCGGCCUGGAAAAUGGUGGUGAUCCUAACAGUCCUAUUUUUAUUCCAGCAGAAUGCGAUACAACACUUCAACAAUUUGAUCGAUGGUUUUGGGGUCCACACGUGUUACUUCGUAGUCUUAAAGAAUUGAUAGAUGUUUAUCAUCGUUCAGUCGGUCAUAAUUGCAUGUUAAUGCUAGAUCUAACACCUGACCAAACUGGUCUCAUUCCACCUGCCUAUGCACUUCGUUACAAAGAAUUGGGCGAUUUUAUUCGUUCAUGUUAUGGUACUUCUAUUGUGCCUAUCGUUCGAAAUUCAUCAACCGAUGGACGAAUACAUAUUCAAGUGUUUGAUUCGCCAGUAACUAUUGAUCGAUCAGCCAUUCAAGAAGAUCAAACUCGUGGCCAAGUGAUCCGCGCAUACACAAUUGAUGUACAAUUAGCAGACCCAUUUGAUCAGAAUCAAUGGACAUACAUGGCCGCAGGUACCAGUGUCGGUAAUAAGAAAAUUGAUUUGUGGAAAGCCGGAUCACAAUUGAUUACCGCUGUUCGAUUGAAUAUUACAGAAGCAGUUGACACACCGGUGCUUAGAGCAUUCACCGUACAUUUGUGUCCUUGA